GUCUGUGACGCCAUCUCGCCGCGACUCAUUUUCUUGGACUUUUCUGGCUGUUCUGCUGGAGCUAUGCCGAAAGUCGUAUCGCGGUCGGUGGUCUGCUCAGACACCCGGGACCGCGAGGAAUAUGAUGAUGGCGAGAAGCCCCUCCAUGUUUACUACUGUUUAUGCGGCCAGAUGGUCCUGGUGCUGGAUUGCCAGUUAGAGAAAUUGCCCAUGAGACCCCGGGACCGGUCUCGCGUGAUCGAUGCUGCCAAACACGCUCAUAAGUUUUGUAACACAGAAGAUGAGGAGACUACUUAUCUUCGGAGGCCUGAGGGCAUUGAACGUCAAUACAGGAAGAAGUGUGCAAAGUGUGGACUGCCGCUCUUCUACCAGUCUCAGCCGAAGAAUGCUCCUGUGACCUUCAUUGUGGAUGGAGCAGUAGUGAAAUUUGGCCAAGGCUUUGGGAAAACCAAUAUAUAUACUCAGAAACAAGAGCCUCCUAAGAAGGUUAUGAUGACCAAAAGGACUAAAGACAUGGGCAAGUUCAGCUCUGUUACUGUGUCUACCAUUGAUGAGGAAGAAGAAGAGAUAGAGGCUCGGGAAGUUGCUGACUCCUAUGCACAGAAUGCCAAAGUGAUUGAAAAACAGCUGGAGCGCAAAGGCAUGAGCAAGAGGCGGCUGCAAGAGUUGGCUGAAUUGGAAGCCAAGAAAGCAAAAAUGAAGGGGACCCUGAUUGACAACCAGUUCAAAUAAUCAGGAUCUUUCUGAGCUCAGACUGGGGGCAGCACUUACAUCAGGAAGAGUAGCUUCAAGAUCUCAUGGUCUGGUUUCUGUUUGUCCCAGGAGUGUUCUCUGGCAGUCCCAUUGGUUUUCUGACACUGUUUC